AAAAAGGCCAAGACGUUCAUGCAGUUAGUGUGGGAGGCACUCCAGGACGUCACGCUGAUCAUCUUGGAAAUCGCAGCCAUAAUCUCCCUGGGCCUGUCCUUCUACCACCCUCCAGGCGGUGACAAUGAAUUGUGCGGCCAGUCGGCAGGCGGUGUGGAGGACGAGGGCGAGUCGCAGGCUGGCUGGAUCGAGGGGGCGGCUAUCUUGUUUUCGGUGAUCAUCGUGGUGCUGGUGACCGCUUUCAAUGACUGGAGCAAGGAGAAGCAAUUCCGGGGCCUCCAGAGCCGCAUCGAGCAGGAGCAGAAGUUCACGGUCAUCCGUAAGGGGCAAGUGAUUCAGAUCCCGGUGGCUGAGAUUGUGGUGGGAGACAUCGCGCAGAUCAAGUACGGUGAUCUCUUGCCAGCAGACGGGAUCCUGAUCCAGGGCAAUGACCUGAAAAUAGAUGAGAGCUCGCUGACCGGGGAGUCAGACCAAGUCAAGAAAUUGCUGGAUAAAGACCCCAUGCUGCUGUCAGGUACCCACGUGAUGGAGGGCUCCGGCAGGAUGGUGGUGACUGCCGUGGGUAUCAACUCCCAGACGGGAAUCAUCUUCACUCUCUUGGGUGCGGGAGAAGGAGACGAGGAAAAGAAGGUGAAGAAAGGUAAAAAAACCGGAGCCCCCGAAAAUCGCAACAAAGCUAAAACUCAGGAUGGUGUGGCCUUAGAGAUCCAGCCCCUGAAGAGCCAGGAAGGGGUGGAAAAUGAGGAGAAGGAGAAGAAGAAGGUGAAAGUGCCCAAGAAGGAGAAGUCUGUGCUGCAAGGGAAGCUCACUCGUCUGGCAGUCCAGAUCGGGAAGGCAGGGCUGAUCAUGUCGGCCAUCACGGUCAUCAUCUUGGUGCUGUACUUCGUGAUCGACACGUUUGGGGUGCAGGGGCGGCCCUGGCUGGCGGAGUGCACCCCCAUUUACAUCCAGUACUUUGUCAAGUUCUUCAUCAUCGGUGUCACCGUGUUGGUGGUGGCUGUGCCUGAAGGGCUCCCGCUGGCGGUCACCAUCUCCCUGGCUUACUCUGUGAAGAAAAUGAUGAAGGACAACAACCUCGUGAGACACCUGGACGCCUGUGAGACCAUGGGCAACGCCACCGCCAUCUGCUCGGACAAGACGGGCACGCUCACCAUGAACCGCAUGACCGUGGUGCAGGCCUACUUGGGGGACACCCACUACCGCCAGAUCCCCGACCCUGAAGCCAUCCUGCCCAAGAUCCUGGACCUCAUAGUCAACGGUGUUGCCAUCAACUCCGCCUACACGUCCAAGAUCCUGCCACCUGAGAAGGAAGGGGGGCUACCUCGGCAAGUGGGGAACAAGACCGAGUGCGCCCUGCUGGGUUUUGUGCUGGACCUGAAGCAGGAUUACCAGGCUGUGCGGAACGAAGUGCCAGAGGAGAAGCUCUACAAGGUCUACACCUUCAACUCAGUGCGCAAGUCCAUGAGCACGGUGCUGAAGAACGGCAACGGCGGCUUCCGCAUGUACAGCAAGGGCGGAGCCUCCGAGAUCAUCCUCCGCAAGUGCACCAGGAUCCUGGACAAGAACGGAGACCCUCGGAUGUUCAAGGUGAAGGACCGGGAUGAGAUGGUGAAGAAGGUGAUAGAGCCCAUGGCCUGCCACGGACUGCGGACCAUCUGCCUGGCCUUCCGUGACUUCUCUGCUGAUGCGGAGCCGGACUGGGACAGCGAGAACGAGAUCCUGUCUGACCUGACCUGCAUCGCUGUGGUCGGGAUAGAGGACCCUGUGCGGCCAGAGGUGCCAGACGCCAUCCUGAAGUGCCAGCGUGCAGGGAUCACCGUCCGGAUGGUGACGGGGGAUAAUAUCAACACCGCCCGCGCCAUCGCCACCAAGUGUGGCAUCCUGCUGCCAGGGGAGGACUUCUUGUGCCUGGAGGGAAAGGAGUUCAACCGGCUCAUCCGCAACGAGAAGGGCGAGGUGGAACAGGAGCAGCUGGAUAAGAUCUGGCCCAAGCUGCGUGUGCUGGCCCGCUCCUCCCCGACAGAUAAGCACACGCUCGUGAAAGGAAUUAUCGACAGCACUGUUGGUGACCAGAGGCAGGUGGUGGCCGUGACCGGGGAUGGGACCAACGAUGGCCCAGCUUUGAAGAAAGCCGACGUUGGGUUUGCCAUGGGCAUCGCAGGCACGGACGUGGCGAAGGAGGCUUCGGACAUCAUCCUGACGGAUGACAACUUCACCAGCAUCGUCAAGGCGGUGAUGUGGGGACGCAACGUCUACGACAGCAUCUCCAAGUUCCUGCAGUUCCAGCUGACCGUGAACAUCGUGGCCGUCAUCGUGGCCUUCACGGGCGCCUGCAUCACGCAGGACUCUCCCCUGAAGGCUGUCCAGAUGCUGUGGGUGAACCUCAUCAUGGACACCUUCGCCUCCUUAGCCCUGGCCACAGAGCCCCCGUCCGAGUCCUUGCUGCUGCGCAAGCCGUACGGCCGCAACAAGCCGCUCAUCUCCCGCACCAUGAUGAAGAACAUCCUGGGGCACGCGGUGUACCAGCUAACUAUCAUUUUCACGCUGCUUUUUGCGGGGGAGAAGUUUUUUGACAUCGACAGUGGCCGAAACGCCCCGCUCCACUCCCCACCCACCGAGCACUACACCAUUGUCUUCAACACCUUUGUCAUGAUGCAGUUGUUCAAUGAGAUCAAUGCGCGCAAGAUCCACGGGGAGAGGAACGUCUUCGAGUCCAUCUACCGCAACCCCAUCUUCUGCACAGUGGUGCUGGGGACGUUUGCAGCUCAGAUCAUCAUUGUGGAGUUUGGUGGGAAGCCGUUCAGCUGCUCUGGGCUCACCCUGAGCCAGUGGUUCUGGUGUAUUUUUAUCGGAGUGGGAGAGCUCCUCUGGGGCCAGCUGAUCUGCACUGUCCCAACCAGCCACCUGAAGUUCCUGAAGGAAGCUGGGCAUGGCAUCACCAAGGAGGAGAUCCCAGAGGAGGAGCUGCCUGAAGAUGUGGAUGAGAUUGACCACGCUGAAAUGGAGCUGCGGCGCGGGCAGAUCCUGUGGUUCAGGGGUCUCAACAGGAUACAGACACAGAUGGACGUAGUUUACACAUUCCAGACCGGCGCCUCCUCUUUGCAGGGAGCCCUCAGGAGACAGCCUUCCAUCGUGAGCCAGCACCACGAUGUAAAAAAUGUUUCUAGCCCAACCCAUAUCAAAGUGGUGAAUGCGUUCCGUAGCUCCUUGUACGAAGGCCUCGAGAAACCCGAAUCCAGAAGCUCCAUCCAUAACUUCAUGACUCACCCAGAGUUCAUCCUGGAGGAAGAUGAGCCUCGAACACCAUUCCUUGACGGCGCUGAAGACGACCCCGAGACUGACGGACUCAAAAAGCGAGGUGGGGGUAGCCUGGGUGGAUCUACAUCCCUCAACAGAAAUAACAAUGCAGUGGACAGCGAUCAAGCUGAGGUCACCGUCCCGGAGCCCGAAAGCCCCUUACACAGCUUGGAGACAUCAGUUUGA